AUGUUCCGCAACCCGCGCCGCGCCGCCCUGCUCCUCGCCGCCGGCGCCGCCGCAGCGGGUGCCGGGCGCCUCCACGACCGCGGCGAAUCCGCCACGGUCGUCACCGUGUCUGCCUCCGCGCCGCUCCGCCAUCUCCUGUCCACCGCCGCCACGGGGCUCAUCUCCAGCAACCCCCUCCUCGCGCCGUGGCAAGGUUCGGUUUGUACAGGGGGUUUCCCUAUACUAAACUCUUUUGCAUCUGCAUCGGUUCCACCCACAAACCCGAUCAACCAUGCCUCUGGUGGAAACUCUGAUGAUUCGAGAUGUUGCCCAGGAUGUCUAGGCAGAAACUCAAUUGCCAAUGCCGCAGCUGCAGUUGGUCCUGCUGUGGUGAAUAUUUCUUGUAUGCAAGAAAAUGGAUGGUUGCGAGAGAAGAGCCUUGGAUCAGGGACUAUAAUAGAUCCAGAUGGGACCAUAUUGACAUGUGCCCAUCUUGUUACAGAUUUUCAAAGCACAAAACCAGGUCUAAAGGGGAAGGUUAGUGUGAGUUUACAAGAUGGUCGUGAAUUUGAAGGCGUAGUUCUCAAUUUUGACCACCACUCAGAUAUCGCUGUUCUGAAGAUCAAGUCCAAGACACCUUUACCAGCUGCAAGACUUGGAUCCUCAUGUAAGCUUCGACCAGGUGACUGGGUUGUUGCUUUGGGCUGCCCACUUUCUCUUCAGAAUACAGUUACAGCUGGCAUUGUAAGUUGUGUUGACCGGAAAAGUAGUGAUCUGGGUCUUGGAGGAAUACGAAGGGAGUAUCUGCAAACAGAUUGUGCCAUCAAUAUCGGUAACUCUGGAGGUCCUCUUGUGAACCUCGAUGGCGAGAUCAUUGGAGUUAAUGUGAUGAAACUUAGGGAUGCUGAUGGUUUGAGCUUUUCAGUACCGAUUGACUAUGUCGUGAAAAUAGUGGAGCACUUCAAGAAAAAUGGGAGAGUUGUACGCCUGUGGCUUGGUUUGAAGAUGCUUGAUCUUAAUCCAAUGGUCAUUGCGCAACUUAAAGAAAGAUCAAGUUCUUUCCCAGAUGUAAGCAAAGGUGUGCUUGUUCCAAUGGUUACACCAGGCUCGCCAGCCGAACGUGCAGGAUUUGCUCCUGGGGACGUAGUCACUGAAUUUGAUGGUAAACCAGUGGAAACGAUCAAAGAGAUUAUUGGUAUCAUGGGCGACAAGGUUGGAGUGCCAUUUAAAGUUCUUGUUAAAAGGGCGAACAAUGUACCUGUGACUUUGACAGUUACGCCGGAGGAAGCAGAUGCCAGCAGAUGA